AUCAAUGUUGGGUAAUAGCGGCAAACUCUUCGGCCCGAGCACAAGCAACCAACUUGACUCGCUGUAACACAGCGUCCAAGCCUACCAUUUCCCUAGAGUUGAAUUUAAUAACGGUAGCUUUUUCCGCUGGAAUUCAUUUUGCAAGACGGCUAGUGAACCACAUUUCUUUGCGACCGGUAACUUCUGUAAAGAACAAUGCAGGCGGCGAACAGAUUACGAACGGUGCUCCAGGCGGGCCGAGGGCAGGCGUUCGGCGCAUGGCAGAUGCUGCCAGGCACGAAUGUUGCGCGAAUUCUGGCGAGAAGCGGCUUCGACUGGAUUUGUGUUGAUACCGAACAUGGAAACAUUGCAGACGCCCAAAUGCACGAGGCGGUGGCCGCAAUUGCUGCUCUAGGCGUCAGUCCGAUAGUCCGCAUCGCUGCGAAUGAAGGCUGGAUGGUCAAGCGAGCCCUUGAUUCCGGUGCCCAUGGGAUCCUUGUACCACUGCUUGACACUGCAGAUGAUGCUAGAAAGCUGGUAGCAUCUGCGAAGUUCCCUCCGAUGGGAAAAAGGGGCUUUGGGAGUCCUUUCGCCAUGGGUCCCAUUGGCAAUGUCUCUGCAACGGAGUAUUUACUCCACGCGAACGACACCUUGCUUACGAUUGUGCAAAUUGAGACCAAGGAAGGAUUAGAAAAUGUCGAAGAGAUUGCCAGGGUGCCAGGAAUUGACGUUUUGCUCGUCGGGCCAUAUGACCUGGGAAACAACAUUGGCCGGCCAGUGAUUAAUGAGUUUCACCCCGAGUUGGAGGCCGCGAUCGAGCGAAUUCGCAAAGCAGCAGUGGACAAUGGCAAAAAAGCCGGUAUAUUCAGUCCAAAUGGCGAAAUGGCCAAAAAAUUUGCCUCACAAGGAUUUCACAUGAUCUCCGUUACUUCCGACGUCUACGCGCUUUCGACUCAUCUCGAAGGUUCAUUGACGACGGCAAAGGCUGGAUAA